CUUGGUGAGCUCCUUUGUUUCUUCUACAGGGAAAUGGGGGAAAAUCAGACUUCCAUCACAGAGUUCCUCCUACUGGGAUUUCCACUCAGCCCACAGAUUCAGAUGCUCCUCUUUGGGCUCUUCUCCCUGUUCUAUAUCUUCACUCUGUUGGGGAACGGGGCCAUCCUGGGGCUCAUCUGGCUGGACUCCAGACUGCACACCCCCAUGUACUUCUUCCUGUCACACCUGGCCCUUGUCAACAUCGCCUACGCCUGCAACACGGUGCCGCAGAUGCUGGUGAACCUCCUGCUUCCAGCCAAGCCCAUCUCCUUUGCUGGCUGCAUGAUGCAGAUAUUUCUGUUUUUGAGUUUUGCACAUACAGAAUGUCUCUUCCUGGUGGUGAUGUCCUGUGAUCGGUACAUGGCCAUCUGCCACCCCCUCCGAUAUUCUGCCAUCAUGACCUGGAGAGUCUGCAUCACCCUAGCGGUAACUUCCUGGACCAUCGGAGUCCUUCUAUCCUUGAUUCAUCUAGUGUUACUUCUACCUUUACCCUUCUGUAGGCCCCAGAAAAUUAAUCACUUUUUCUGUGAAAUCAUGGCUGUUCUCAAAGUUGCCUGUGCAGAUACCCACAUCAAUGAGAUCAUGGUCUUGGUCGGAGCAAUUUCUGUGCUGGUGGGACCCUUGUCCUCAAUUUUAGUUUCAUAUAUGUGCAUCCUCUGUGCCAUCCUUCAGAUCCAAUCAGGGGAAGGUCAGAGGAAAGCCUUCUCUACCUGCUCCUCCCACCUCUGUGUGGUUGGACUCUUUUAUGGCACAGCCAUUAUCAUGUAUGUUGGACCCAGAUAUGGAAACCUCAAGGAGCAGAAGAAAUAUCUCCUGCUGUUUCACAGCCUCUUUAAUCCCAUGCUCAAUCCCCUUAUCUAUAGUCUUAGGAACUCAGAAGUGAAGAAUACUUUGAAGAGAGUGCUGGGAGUAGAAACAGCUUUAUGAAAAGAUUAUGUAUGGCAUUGUGAUUGACAGUUACUUAGGAAGUUACAUCUUUGAGAGGCUCCUAACCCAACUCUGUACUGAUGGGACCUGUGUUCUCAAUGGACAUGAGAAUUAUCUGAGACAUUUAUUUAAAAUGGAGUUAUUUCCUGCCCUACCUUUAAAUGACUGAUUUGGCAGAUGUGGGAUGAAUUCUAGAAAUUGAUCUCUUCAAAUCGUGGUGCAGCUAGUCCACCCCAGGACAAUACACCUUACAAUAUCUUCAUUAGCCUUUGGUCCAGUCCCAUAGCUCCUAUAAUCUUUUCCAAAACACUGGUCCCUUCAGAGGACUUUAAAAAUAAGUUCUGUGGUCAAACAGGUUGGAGACUCAUUUCACAACAGAUGCCUCCGUCUAGGAAUCACAAUUCAUAUUACAACAGUGAACGCUGUGAAAGUUUCUCUAGGAAAGAAUAAUUCUAUUCUAGUUUUUAGCCAGUGUUUUCUAAACUUACGUGAGCAAAUAAAAUUUCGUUUGUAACACUAACAGUCUCCUGGAACAGGAGAUCUGGAUAUUAAUUGACUCAUUGUGAAUACUUCCUGCAGCCACCUUCGAGGGCAGAAUGAUUUUUUUUUCCUUGCAAAGUGAGCCUCUAAAGAGAUGUAGAUCUGAGCAUUGUGCCUCGAUCAGUCUGUAAAAUUCUGGGCUCUGUUUGGAUAUAGACCAUAAGGGUCCCUGUCUCUACUGUUCAAUGGUGGAUCGUCUAAAGAAAAUAAAUCCAACCCUGUCCUUCAUCA